AUUCCAGAAGAGUAUGAAGAGGCUUAUGCAGAUAUCGAAGAUGAUAGAACAAGGCAAUUCUAUGGAAAGCUGACUAUGAUGGACGAUAUAAUUGGCGGAGUGAUCGAUGCGCUGAAGAACCGUGGAAUGUAUGAAGAUUCGCUAAUAAUAUUCAUAGGAGACAAUGGAGCGUUGUCAUCCCAAGCCGGCUCUAACUAUCCAUUCCGCGGUAUUGCUGGAACUCUGUUUGAGGGUGCUACUCGUGUACCAUCUAUUGUCAGUGGGAAGGGAAUAAAGAAGACUGGAUAUGAAAGCAAUGAGUUAUACAGCAUAGUUGAUAUACACAGAACAAUCCUUGAUGUGGCUGGGGCUAAAGCUGAGCCUGAACUUGACGGUUUCAGUAUGUUUCCUACAUGGUCAGAAGAUCUACCAUCGCCAAGAAGGGAAAUCCUCUAUAAUAUCGAUGAUGAUCCAGUGUCCCCUGGUGCUGCUAUCAGGUAAGCAAUGAUACAGAUACACGUCUUAU